UCUUUCUCUCACUACACUCACUACAUUUGAUUUCCAUUAGUAUUUUAAUACGAUUUAAAAAUUAUAUUCAGCAACUUUUUUUUUUCAAGAAAUCAAAACCAGGCACCCUUCCUCUUUCAUCUCUACAAUUUGAUAGUGACCCACGCAGCUUUAUUCCUCCAUUAAUUUGCUUCACCUUCUCCCAUACAGCACACAUUUUUCUGCAAAAUCUCUCAGAAAAAAGAGCAACAAAAAAGAAAAUCCCAUUAAAAAAAAUUAUAUCUUUUUAUGGCAUAUCAGCUGCAAAAAAUAUAGAGAUUAGCAAGAAAGUGCUGUUCUUGUUUUUUGAGGUAUUUUCCAGUUCUUGAAUCUUGGUUACUGAAUACAUAUUAUUUGCUAAAAAACCCUUGUGAUUUGCCUAUAUUUUUGCUAAGCCCCGUUAGGGUUUAUUUGAGGUUCAAAGCAGCUGUUAGUAGUAUUGGCCUAUUGGGUUUUCUGGGUUUGUAUAGUAGCUCAAUGUAGAAAAGGAUAAACCCUAGAAUUAAAACAGCAAUUGUAGGUUUUUGGGUUGAAUCAAGAUUUGGUUUUUGAGAAGAAAAAAAAUAUUGAAUUUGAUUUGCCUGUAUUUGUGUAAACCCGUUAGGGUUAAUUGGGUCUUUUUUUGGUUUGUAUUGUAGCUCAAUGUAGAGAAGGAUAAAGCCUACAACCAGAACAGCAAUUUUAGGUUUUUGGGUUGAAGCAAGAUUUGGGUUUUGGGUAAAAAGAUUGAAUUUUUAUUUGUAAAGAUAGAAAUAUAUGUAAGUAUUGGAUUAUGGCUUUUGAUCAGAAUUCAAUUCCCAAAGAUUUGCGCCCGUUGAACAUUGUUCGGACAGUGCCAGAAGACUCUGGUAUUGCUUCUGUGACCACAUCUGGUAGACCCGUUGAGGGGUUUUAUGGUAACCCGACCCGGGAUGUUGGAGGUAGUCCUGGAACUAUACCUGGGGUUUAUUACCCUACCACUGUAGCGGAUGCUGGGUUUGUAGGUUUAGGGUUUACCAAUGCCGGCCCAGGAGCGACCGGUUGGGUCCCGCAGGUUGUGCCUUCUCAGCCUCCUGGUGUUGUUAGUGUUGGCGUUAUGAAUUCGGGAAGUGGGUCGUCGAAGAAUCUGCAUUUCGGGGCACGGGUUGGUAGUAAUGCAUCUGAUCGUGCUAGUGAUGAUGGUGGUGAUGAUUCAGUGUCGGGGAGGAAAGUUAAGUUUUUGUGUAGUUUUGGGGGGAGGAUAAUGCCGAGGCCGAGUGAUGGCGCGUUGAGAUAUGUGGGUGGACAGACUAGGAUUAUUAGUGUUAGGAGGGAGGUGAGUUUUGCUGAACUGGUUCGCAAAAUGGUAGAUACUUAUGGGCAGGAUAUGGUGAUUAAGUACCAGUUGCCUGAUGAGGAUCUUGACGCGCUAGUGUCUGUUUCUUGUCCGGAAGAUCUUGAAAAUAUGAUGGAUGAGUACGAAAAGUUGGUUGAAAGAGCAUCAGACGGGUCAGCUAAAUUGAGGGUGUUCCUGUUUUCGGCUUCAGAGCUAGAAUCGUCCGGUGUGGUGCAAUUAAGAGAUCUGCAAGAUAGUGGACAGAGGUAUGUCGAGGCAGUGAAUGGGAUUGGUGAUGGGGUUAGUGGUAUUGGUAUUACUAGGAAAGGGAGUACCGCUAGCGCUGGUUCCACCCAGAAUUCAGAAUUUAGUGGCUCUGAAGCUGUUGAUAGUUUAGCCAAUGGUCAAGGAGAGCUUAGAGGCAUACCUUUUGACGCACUAUCACCUAGUGGGACUUCUGCUACCUCUCAAGAACCUGCUUACCGAUUGGUGCAUACAGAUGCAAAUCCUGCAACUCAUGUCGAUGCUUCUGUCACUCCAAUGACUAUUCCAUUAGUUGUUCCUGGGCCAGUGCCAAGCUUAUCUGCUCAGCCGGAGCAUGCGUUAGAGAAAACUGUGCCUUUCGCUGCUGUGCAGCAGCGACAGAUGGGUUAUGAUAUGCAGCAAACAGGAGUCCCGUAUCCAGGAACUACACCAUAUGUCCCGGCUUAUGUGGAUCCUCAAAGGGAGAACCUAAACCGUGCAGAUUAUGUUCAAAUACCUUCCCAGAUGGGAUUCCCGAGGCAGCUUUUGGGAACUGUUGGGCCAGUAAUCAAUCAGCAGCAUAUAAUUGCUGGUGCUCCGACUCAGCAGUUUGUCCCUGCUCUUCACAUGACAAUGACUCCUUCAGCUCAUGUCACUAUGAAUCCUAAUAUGGUUCCCUCAUCGAUUCAGCCCCAACAUGUUAGGUUUGAAAAUUAUCCUGCAGAAGGCACAUUGGGGCCGAGAGUUGUGCAGUUUCCUGUUGACCAAGGAUAUAGUACUUAUCAGCAUCAGGCUCCUCCUGCAGCUUAUGGAUGGCACCAGAUUCCACACUCUCAGCAGGCACCGCUUUCUGAAGGUCAGGUGCCUCCACCACUCGUUACCGGUUCUGAGCUGUUAUCUAGGUUUGAUGACUGUCUAAUGUGUCAAAAAUCACUGCCACAUGCACACUCAGAUACAGUAGCAGUAGAGCAAAGGGAGAGUCCUGCAAGCACAACAUCUGACUUCAAUUCAGUGUAUCAUAGCCUUAGAUUGGAUGAGAGGGGUCGGCCUAUUCACCGAGCUGUCACGACCGGAGCCCUGGGUGAGGGAGCUGUUGAACAGCAGGGAGCUGCUGCUGGGCAAAGAAUUGGGGGUCAGGGUCAAGGUGAGGUAGUUGGAGUCUCCCAAAAUGUUGAUAAACAGUAUGAAUAUGAUAGAAACCUCCAAAAGCCUGAGUUUGCGGAGCACCCAAAGGUGUCAGUUCCCCAAGGUAUGAUAGGUUUAACGGGUACGAUGCAAUCACCUUAUGGUGUUUUUGUUGGUGCUGUUCCUCAACCGUACCAUGUUAAUGCCACUGAGCAGCUUAUGGUUCCACCACAGUAUCAGAUUAAACAAGAAGUUGCUGCGAACAAACCAGUCAAUAGUGAUUUCCUUAAAGUUGGAGUUGUGCCUGGUCAAAUAGUGGAUAACUUAAGUGGUGGAUCUCCCAAAAACUAUGGUGGAAACACUCCUACCAUGCUUCCUAAAGAAGAUGAUGUAGAGUCCUUAACGGCAUACAACCACUUGAGACAAAUUGAAGGAAGAAUGGAAAAUCUCCUGAUAAACCCCGCUGAAGUGUUAGCAACUAAUGAGCAGAGUAAGCCAACCGUUGAUAACUUUAGAAGGGAAGACAUGUUGAAUAACAGAGUUCAACAGUUUGGUGGGAGGGAAGGAUAUCCAGGUUUGGUUACAAGUAACAUGAAUCCAAAUGAAAUACCAGCUUCUUCAAAUGACGCUCCUUUCGUGCAUAACAUUCGGGCUGCAGAAGGGUAUGAAGUCUCUCCCCAUUUAACUGCCAAUGCAACAGAAAGAACUCCAGCUAUUGGUGAAUGGAAAGAUGGGCCCCAACAUUUCCAGCAAAUGUUGAAUCCUACAACGGUAGAAACGGCCGUACUCGACGGUACUCCACCAUUUGUACAGGAAAGCUCAAAUUCUCUAUAUAGCAACCAGGAUCCUUGGAGUUUGCAACAUGAUGCCCAUUUCCCUCCUCCUAAACCUAGUAAACUUCAGCUAAAAAAGGAAGCUGCUGGCACCAAGGAUUACUGUGGCGAGAAUCUUUUUGGCAAUAAUAGUGAGUUGCCAACUGUUACUAAUGGGGGAUUACAAACACAAAUUCGGUUGGAAGAUGGAGCUUGCCUGCCUUCAGGCUCAGUGGAGGAAAUGAUCAAGCGAGAACUUCAGGCUGUUGCUGAGGGUGUCGCCGCUUCUGUUCUUCAGUCAUCCACUCCAUCUAAUGCUGACCUUUCCAUACAUGGAAGGAGUGAGUCCCCAUCUUCUACUCAACGGAAUGCUGAAUUUGAAAGCGCUGAUGCCGGAAAGGACACCAAAGAUAAAUUUGAGGAAACUAAGACUAAAUUUCCAGAGAGAGCAAAUUUUGGAUUUCCGGUUUCAGAUGGCAUUGGACGCUUGCAGAUUAUAAAGAAUAGUGACCUCGAGGAGAUGCGAGAAUUGGGUUCUGGUACAUUUGGCACUGUUUAUCAUGGAAAGUGGAGGGGUACUGAUGUUGCAAUUAAAAGGAUUAACGACAGGUGUUUUGCUGGGAAAGCUUCAGAACAAGAGCGCAUGAGGGAUGAUUUCUGGAAUGAGGCCAUCAAACUCGCAGACUUGCACCAUCCAAACGUUGUUGCAUUUUAUGGUGUUGUGCUAGAUGGUCCAGGUGGCUCAGUGGCAACUGUUACAGAAUAUAUGGUUAACGGGUCCUUGAGAAAUGCUUUACAAAAGAAUGAGAGGAAUCUGGAUAAGCGGAAACGCCUCGUUAUCGCGAUGGAUGUUGCAUUUGGAAUGGAGUAUUUGCAUGGGAAGAAUAUAGUGCACUUUGACUUGAAAAGUGACAAUCUGUUGGUUAAUCUCCGUGAUCCCCACCGUCCAAUAUGCAAGGUUGGUGAUUUGGGGCUAUCCAAAGCGAAAUGUCAAACACUAAUCUCAGGCGGUGUACGUGGAACUCUCCCCUGGAUGGCACCAGAACUUCUAAAUGGGAGCAGUAGUCUUGUUUCUGAGAAGGUUGAUGUAUUUUCCUUUGGAAUUGUGAUGUGGGAACUUCUUACGGGAGAAGAACCAUAUACCGAAUUGCACUAUGGAGCUAUCAUUGGUGGUAUCGUGAGUAAUACAUUGCGGCCGCCUGUGCCAGAUUCCUGUGACGCAGAUUGGAGGAUACUGAUGGAGAGGUGUUGGUCAGCUGAACCGUCGGAGAGGCCUAGCUUUACUGAGAUUGCCAAUGAUCUGAGAGUGAUGCAAUCUAAGCUCCCUCCCAAAGGACAAAACCAACUAUCACCUCCCUCAGCAAAUACCAACCAAGCUAAAAGUUGAUUUUCUACAUUUGUCUGUUAUAGUUUUUUUCUACCAUGAUUUACAUGUGGAAGCUGAAGUUAGUAUAUAGAUUUAGCUUAUAAAUGUUAACAAAAAAUAUAGUGGUAUCUUGCAUUUGUUUUCUGGUACUUAGAUUUACAUCCCAUUCCAUUUUAUUAUUGGAUUAAUUUAGCAUUCUACUGCAAUCUAAUGUGGCUCUGUCACAGAUACUGACCAAAUUGACAUA